CCGCGGUGCCGAAGAGAUCGCGCUCAUCUUAUUCUCUCUUCUCUCGUGCGCCACCCGAAUCCGCUCUUCACUCCAGUGUGACGAGUUGAAAACUUUUACGUCUAAUCAUUUAUUUCGACGCGCAUUUGUUGGAUAUUUAAAUACGAAAUAAAUUCAGUGUGUUACAAUCUCAAUGUGUUUAAGAACGGAUAUGAUGUGAUAUGAAUUUACUAUGAUCAAAUUUUAAGUUGUUGGACUUCAAAGUGUGUGAGAGUGUGUGUAUUUUGUGUGUUGUUGAGUGAGGUACAAGGAAUACACGCAGUGGUGUUUGAACACCGGUGCGCACAAUGGGGUGUUCGCGGCGGACGCCGGCCGCCUCCGCCGCCGUCGCCGCCGUCAUCGCGACGCUGCUCGUCGCGUGGAGCGGCGUGUGCGUGGACGCCGACGUUCGUAUAUCACCAGGAGGUGAUCCUGCAGUAGUAUGUCCGUCAGGAAUGUUUCAAUGUCCAGAAGGAAAGUGUAUACCCUCUCUGUGGGUGUGCAAUUACCACAAGGAUUGCGAAAACGGCGAGGACGAGCUGCAAAAGUGCCCACCGCCCGAUUGCGACCAGGGUCAGUUAUCUUGUCGGCAGUACAUCUUUAACAAGACUUACUGCUUUCCUUCUCAUCAUCGCUGUGAUAUGCAGGUCGAUUGUGUCGACGGGUCGGACGAAACCGAUUGCGUGUAUAGAAAAUGCCAACAGGACGAUUUCCACUGUGGUAGUGGUGGCGUUGGUCCACAAUCCAGUCCUUGCGUGCCAAAGGAGAAGCGCUGCGACGGAUACUACGACUGUCGGUCUAAAAAGGACGAAGAGGGUUGUCCAGGUUUGUCCUGUUCGUUGGAUCAGUUCCGCUGUGCCAAUGGCCAGAAGUGUAUUGAGAGUGCGAAGAAGUGUGACCAUCAUGCGGAUUGUACAGAUAACAGUGAUGAAAUUGGUUGCAAUUUUCCGCCCUGUCAUGGUGGACAGUUUCGUUGUGCCAAUGAGCAAUGCAUUCCCGGCGGCUUUCACUGUGAUGGUUACAAUGAUUGCCACGAUAACUCUGACGAAGUGAAUUGUACAACGAUUCCAUGCCAGGAUAACAAAUUUCUGUGUCCGAAAGGUGGGCCUGGUGGUAAACCGAAAUGUAUCGCCAAGAGUCAACUCUGCGAUGGAAAGAAUGACUGCGAGGAUAAUGCAGAUGAAGAACAAGCUUGUUCUCAUCAUUCGUGUCCAUCUCUUGGCUGUGAAUACAAAUGCCAAGCGUCACUCACAGGCGGUGCUUGCUACUGUCCUGAUGGUCGCAAACUUGCACCUGAUAAUAAAACCUGCGUGGAUCGCAACGAAUGCAACGAAUGGGGUUUCUGUGACCAAUAUUGCUCCAACACCGAUGGUAGUUACAGCUGUGCUUGUGCAGUAGGAUACGCCAAGCAAGAUAAGAACCGUUGCGCAGCCACCAAUCCUAAUGAUAUGAUGCUUUUCUUCGCUCAUGAUAAGUCAGUUUACCGAAUGAAUUCACGCGGGGAAGAUGUUAAGGUCAUUGCUAAUACGACGGGUGCCAGUGGAUUAGAUUAUCACUUCGGUCAAAAUCUAAUCUUUUGGAGCGACAUUAAAACGAAGAAGAUUCACGUGCAACAAAUGAAUGCUUUACCAAAUAGUUUUCCAACUGUGCAUGAACUACACAUCUCUCUACCAGGAUCUUGGAUGCCGUCUGCCAUUGCUGUGGAUUGGGUGGGUGAUAAACUUUAUGUUGCGGACACCAUUGGUCAAAAGAUUGAUGUUUUUGAGUUGACUGGAAGGUGGCACGCCAUCGUGCUCGGAUCAAAUUUAACCAGUCCUGUAGACAUUGCUUUGGAUCCACUUUAUGGGUACCUAUUUGUUGCUGAUAACUCUCAAGUUGUAAGAGCUAACAUGGACGGAACUGACGCACACGCCAUUGUUUCGGAAGCAGCGUACAAAGCUUCCGGUAUUGCUGCAGACAUAAUUGCAAAGAGAAUAUUCUGGUGUGACUCUUUAUUGGAUUAUAUUGAUACCGUUGAUUACAAUGGAGAAAGGCGCUUCCAAAUUAUCCGCGGGCAAUCGGUACCUAAUCCAUCUAGAAUUGCACUGUUUGAAAACCGAGUCUUCUGGACGGAUGGUACCAAGCAAGGCAUUAUGUCAGUUGAUAAGUACGAAAGCUCCAGUAGUAUUCAAUCGAUUUACAAGAUGAGAGACAUUCGUGAACCUCGUGGUAUUAAAGCGGUGCAUCGGCUCAAUCAAAUUAAAGCAAGUAAUCCAUGUGGAAAUAACAAUGGGGGGUGUCAACAUCUUUGCAUCAAUACGAAAACAACAUCCGGGUUGGGUUAUAGGUGUGCGUGCAACAUCGGUUGGCGUUUAACUGAAGACGAACGCAAUUGCAAUUUGGUGAAUGAUUUCCUUAUGUAUUCCCAGCAAAGAUUUAUCAAGGGCAAGGUUCUGGAUCCUGUAAUUGAAGGGUUCAGUGAUGCAAUGAUGCCAGUUGUUUCCCGACGCGCUCGUUUUGUUGGUUUAGAUUUUGAUGCUAGAGAUCAACAAAUUUACUAUUCCGACGUGCUGCAAGAUGUUAUCUAUAGGGUACACCGCAAUGGCACAGCUAAAGAGAUUGUUCUGGCUUCCCAAAACGAAGGUGUCGAGGGUUUGGCCGUGGAUUGGGUGUCAAAGAAUCUGUACUACAUUGAUAGUCGCAAAGGAACAUUAAAUGUCCUAUCGAUGCGGAACGUAACUUAUAGAAGAACACUUCUGAAGAAUUUAAAACGACCAAGAGCUAUUGUGGUACAUCCCAAUAAAGGGUACAUCUUCUUUUCGGAGUGGGACAGACCCGCGAAUAUUUCCAGAUCGUUCAGUGACGGCUCCAAUUUGAUUGUGUUUAAAAACGUUACCUUGGGUUGGCCGAAUGGUUUAGCCAUUGAUUUCGAUACUGAUAGAUUAUAUUGGUGUGAUGCUCUAUUGGAUCACGUACAACAUUCAACAUUAGAUGGCACAGAUGUAAGGACUGUAAGUUCAAGGCUAAUCCGGCAUCCAUUUAGUAUUGUCAUCUAUAAGAACUUUAUGUAUAUUACUGAUUGGAGAUUGGACGCCAUUAUAAAACUGCACAAAAUCACUGGAGACCAUGAAGAGACUUUAGUGAAAGAACCACAAACCAAUCGUCUUUACGGUGUGAAAAUCUACAGUGAAGGUGAACAAAAAGUGGAUCCAAUUCAACCCUGCCGUAUUAAUAAUGGUGGUUGUCAGAAACUGUGUUUCGCGAUGCCUAAUAAAAUCGGUAACGGUUUGAUUGCCCAAUGUGGUUGCCCAUAUGGAGAAAGAUUGAAUGGUGACGACAAGACUUGCCAAGCUGAUCCUAACUCUGAACCACCUGUGCAGGCGUGUCCGAACGCGUGGGACUUUACUUGCAACAAUCAAAGAUGCAUUCCGAAAUCGUGGGUGUGCGAUGGCGACAACGAUUGCUUGGAUAAUAGCGACGAAGAACAAAAUUGCACUAAACCAACGUGCGGUAGUAAUGAAUUCCAAUGCAAAUCAGGUCGUUGUAUUCCGAUGACGUUUAAGUGCGAUGCGGAGAAUGACUGUGGCGACUUUAGUGAUGAAACGGGCUGUGUUAAUGUAACCUGCAGUUCCACUCAGUUCCAAUGCGACAAUGGCAGGUGUAUUCCGAACACGUGGAAAUGCGAUGCUGAAAACGAUUGUGGGGACGCUUCUGACGAGGGGGAUUCCUGCGCGGAAAAGACUUGCGCAUAUUAUCAAUUUACAUGUCCUCGCACAGGGCAUUGUAUUCCACAGAGUUGGGUUUGUGACGGUGACGACGAUUGCUUUGACAAACAAGACGAAAAGGAUUGCCCGCCCAUUACAUGUCUGGCUAGUCAAUUUAAAUGUGCUGAUUUACGGCAAUGCGUGCAAGAAUCUUACAAAUGUGAUGGAAUUCCUGAUUGUAAUGAUGGGAGUGACGAAUUGGGAUGUCCAUCAAUUGCCCCUGAUCAAUGCAAUCAAGAAAAACAAUUUAAAUGUGAAUCAUCUGGAAUCUGUAUUCCUAAAUCCUGGCAUUGUGACGGAACUCCUGAUUGCGAUGACAGAUCGGACGAACCCUCAUCGUGCGGAGAGAUUUAUUGCCCAGCGAAUUUCUACAAGUGCAACAAUAACAAAUGUGUCUUCAAGGCGUACGUUUGUGACGGCAAGGACGAUUGCGGUGACAAUUCCGAUGAAGGACAUGAACACGCUUGCACCCGACCACCGUUCCGUUGUCCCACUGGCCAAUGGGCGUGCCCAGGCAUCACGGAAACCUGUGUUAAUCUCACCAAUGUAUGCGACGGCAAACCACAGUGUCCCAAUGAAGCGGACGAAGGAUCCGAUUGCGAUUUGUCUGAGUGCGACCAUCAAGGCGGAUUAUGUUCGAACGGUUGUAAACAAACGCCGACGGGCCCGCUUUGUCUGUGUCCGCCUGGUGAACAACUUAGCAAGGAUGGUUAUAAUUGUGAAGAUAUUAACGAGUGCAUUCCAGCGGGUUUGUGUUCUCAGACUUGUACCAACACCAAGGGAUCAUACUUCUGCGGAUGCACCGGCGGGUACAUUCUGGAACCCGAUAAACAUUCAUGCAAAGCAUUCAAUCACAGUGCGGCAUUCUUGAUCAUCUCAAAUAGACAUUCCAUCUUGGUUGCUGACCUCAACGAACAAGCUCUGGAAAGAGUUCCAUUGAUAGUUGAAAACGUGGUGGCGACCGCGUCUAACAUGCACACGGGUACCAUUUUCUGGUCGGAUAUGAAACUGAAGAAAAUAUCACGAUUAGAUCGCGGUUUUGACCCGAUUGACGUAAUUAAUACUGGGUUGGAUCUUGUUGAAGGAUUGGCCUAUGACUGGGUUGGUGGUAACAUCUACUGGUUGGACUCGAAACUUAAUACGAUCGAAGUUGCAAAGGAAAAUGGUACAAAUCGUAUUGUUCUUGUUAAGGAGAACAUCACUCAACCACGUGGUAUGUGUUUGGAUCCGAGUCCUGGUGCUCGGUGGAUGUUCUGGACUGAUUGGGGAGAGAAUCCACGUAUUGAACGUAUUGGUAUGGACGGCACUAACCGCUCUACCAUUAUUAACACGAAAAUCUACUGGCCUAACGGAUUAACUCUUGACACUGCAAAUCAACGCGUUUAUUUCGCUGAUUCAAAACUUGACUUUAUUGAUUUCUGCUACUAUAACGGCAGUGGACGCCAACAAGUUCUUGCUGGAAGCCAUUACCUUCUACAUCCUCAUUCAUUAACUUUUGAAGACACGCUAUACUGGACUGAUCGACAACUUAACAGGGUAUUAUCAGCACACAAGUUCAAGGGUAAUAAUCAAACAGUGGUCUCGCAUUUAAUAUCGCAACCUUUGAGUAUUCACGUACACCACCCAUCCUUGCAACCCAUAUCAGAAAAUUCCUGUGCCAAUGCCCCGUGCCAACAUAUUUGUUUACUGUCACCAAGUGCCCAGAAUGGUUACACGUGCAAAUGCAAAGCUGGUUAUCGUUCGGCCAGUGAUGGUCGUUGCAUCGAGGAAGAGUCGGCGUUCCUGAUGGUAAUGAAAGGUACCCAGAUCAUUGACGUCUCUCUGACACCAGGUGAUGUCACCACCGGAUUCCUUACUGCUAUAGUUGGAAUUGAAAAUGGUAUCCAAAUAGAUUACGAUAGGAAAACCGAUUCGAUCUAUUGGAUUGAAGGAAAACAAGAUGAUGAUGAAAAUUGCACCAUUUUCACUACACCUUACGGAGGCGGUAACAAGACGCAAUUCCUAAGUGCGAACUCCGGUAUGGUUGGAUCCGCAUCUGUCAUUGCCUUUGAUUGGCUCGGUCGCAAUCUCUUUAUCGGCAACCGUAUGGCUGGCAAUCUUGAAGUUAUAAAAGUUGAUGGUAAACUUAAAUACCGUUCAAUAAUAAUGUCCAACGAUGGAAUAAAUACAUCUAUUGCGUCACCAAAAGGCAUGUGUGUUGAUCCCACGGAAGGAAUGGUGUUUUGGACUGAUGCUGGUGGUCACGGUGUGCCGCAAAAAGUGGCACGUGUCAACAUGGACGGUUCUAAUCCGAUGAUCCUUAAAGAAAUGCCCUACCCUGAAUCGAUCACGAUGGACAUCGAAAAGAAAAUGUUGUACGUUAGUACCCCCCAUCCUGCAGCGGUCUGGGUGAUGGAUACAACCGGAAGAGACGCCCGCGUACUGCUUGCAGAGCAGAAUGACAUCUAUAAACCCAAAGCGCUCGCAGUUUUGGAUAGUCGCCUGUAUUAUUUAGAUUCGUCUUAUGAAAAGUUGGCUAGGGUUGACCUACCACAAGGCAACAACGAACGUAUUAUCAUCGAGAAUGAAGCUGAUCUUAAGACCUUUACGAUUUUCAAGAAACGAUCUUUAGUGGACCAUCCUUGUCUGCAAAACAAUGGCGGUUGCAGUCACAUUUGUUUACCAGCUCCAAACCGACACAGGAACUGCGCUUGCAAUAUCGGCUACAAGAAAGAAGAUGACAUAAACUGCGUGGCAUAUAAGACCUUUGCGGUAGUUGCACAAUUAGAUAUGGCUAGAGGUUACAGCCUUAAGGACAGCGCUGAAGCGAUGGUACCCAUUUCAGGACAGGGACAUCAUAUCUUACAUACGGAUAUACAUUUUGCUGAUAACUGGAUCUACUGGGUUGAGUUCAACAGAGGUACUUGGAAUGGUAUCUUUCGUAUUAGACCCAAUGGCAGCGAAUUGCAACCCAUUAUUCGGGAUGGUAUUGGAAGCAAUGGUAUCCGUGGAAUUACAAUUGACUGGAUUGCUGGUAACCUCUACUUUACAAAUGUUUUCCCACAUGAGAACUAUCUGGAAGUUUCGUGGUUGGACGGAUCUAACAGAAAGGUACUGGUUAAGACAACAACAGAUUCGCCGAGAGAACUGGCUGUGAAUCCGUUGAAACGUAUGCUUUAUUGGAUUGAUUAUGGACAAUACCCGCGUAUUGGUAAAGCCAACUUGGAUGGUUCCAAUUGGCAACCAUUGGUCACCUCAGGUAUUAGUAACCCACGAGAUUUAACCGUCGACAUGUUGACACACGAUGUCUACUGGGUGGAUUCUAAACUAGAUAUGAUUCAAAAGAUAAGCUGGACAGGAGGUUCACGACAAGUCAUUCGAAGAAAUCUGCCUAAUGCUAUGGGUAUCGCAGUACACAUGGGUGACGUCUAUUGGGUGGAUCGUAAUCUGCAGACCAUAUUCAAAGCAUCCAAACUGGUUGGAAACACUACUCUGCCGACCAAAGUACGAACCAAUCUUCAAAAGUUGAGAGAUAUUGCUAUAUUCGAUAUAACAAAUCAGCCAUCUGAUGAUACCAACCCGUGUUAUAAAUUGGGUAAUGGCGGAUGUGAUCAACUAUGUUUUUCGUUCCCUCCUGAUGUAUCAACACUUAACAACCCGAUGAAUUAUAAAUGUGACUGUGCUACCGGUAGACUGGCUGCUGACGGUAAACGCUGCGAAUUCUUUGAUGAAUAUCUCGUGUUCUCAACACGCACUGAAAUUCGUGCCAUUGGUCUUGACCCUAAACAAACAUCAGUUCCUUUCAAAUCCAUUUCUAAUUUGACCAAUGUUGUGGGCAUUGAUUUUGACCAUGCUGAUCAAACUAUUCUUUUCACACAAAUUCGUCCCUGGGCAAGAAUUGCUACAAUGCCAGCAAAAUCACCAUCAGUUGAUUCCAUCACGAACAUUAUCUCAAAGGGAAUCAACCGAGGAAUUGCUUAUGACUGGACGCAGAAGGUUUAUUGGACCGAUUCUUCGAAUCAUAGCAUCUACGCGAUGAAUCUUGAUGGAUCUGAUUUGGUAAUGAUGCGAGUGGAGAGACCACGCGCCAUUGUGAUUGACCCUUGUAACGGAACUCUUUUCUACACUGACUGGGGCAAAUUUGGUACAUCGGGCAAAAUCUUCCGCACAACCAUGGCUGGCUCACUUAAGAAGGUCAUCGUAGAUAAAAACUUAGCGCAACCCUCUGGUCUUGCUAUAGAUUAUGAUGAUAACAUGCUAUAUUGGACCGAUGCGGUUAGAGAGAAAAUUGAACGUUCCGAUUUGAAUGGUAACAAUCGAAAAGUGCUUAUUUCAGCAACGAUUUAUCCGUUUUCGAUCACCGUGAGUGGAAAUUAUAUUUACUGGACCGACUUGCAGCUUAGAGGUGUCUAUCGGGCUGAAAAACAUACAGGUGCAAAUAUGAUUGAAAUGGUCAAGAGAUUAGAGGAUAGUCCCAGGGACAUUCAAGUGUUUUCAACUCUGAGGCAAGCGUGUAAGGUAAACCCGUGCCAUAUUAAUAAUGGCGGUUGUGCGAAGAGUUGUCAUCCUGGUAUUAAUGGAACUUCUGAGUGCAAGUGUGAUGAUAACACUAAACUCGUCAAUGAGGGAAGGAUGUGUGUUCCCAAGAACAACACCUGUGACUCGAGCAAGUUCUACUGCGCCAACGGGAAGUGUAUUAGCCGCAUGUGGUCCUGCGAUGGAGAGGAUGAUUGUGGGGACAACAGUGAUGAAGACACUAAUUAUUGCUCAUUCCAUUCAUGUUCUCCCAAUGAAUUCCGCUGCAACAAUGGCCGAUGCAUAUUCAAAUCGUGGAAAUGUGAUCAUGAGAACGACUGCAAAGAUGGUUCCGAUGAGGUGGACUGCGAAUAUCCCCCAUGUGCGAAUGGUGAAUUUACGUGUGCCAAUCACAGAUGUAUUCCGAUGACACAAGUCUGCAACGGUAUCAACGAUUGCAAGGAUAACGUGACUUCUGAUGAAACCCACGAACGUUGCCCGCAAAAUACUACGUGUCCUGUGAACCAUCUUAAAUGCGAGAAGACCAAUAUUUGCGUAGAACCUUACUGGCUGUGCGAUGGUGAUAAUGACUGUGGUGAUAAUUCUGAUGAAAACCCUCUACACUGUGCGCAAAGAACUUGUCCACAAAAUAGUUUCCGAUGCCCGAACCAUCGUUGCAUUCCUGCAACUUGGUAUUGCGAUGGUGACGAUGAUUGUGGGGACGGUGCCGAUGAACCCCCAGAAUACUGCAAGAGUGAAGGUCGCACUUGUUUCGGGGACCUGUUUACUUGUGACAACGGCAAUUGCAUUCCACGAAUUUACAUCUGCGACGGUGAUAAUGAUUGCGUAGAUAACAGUGAUGAAGAUAGUCGUCAUCAGUGCAAUGACCGACGGUGUGAUGACGAAACUGAAUUCACAUGCGAAGCGAAUAAAGCGUGGGGCAGGGCGCAGUGCAUUCCUCGAAAAUGGCUCUGCGACGGUGAUCCAGAUUGUGUCGAUGGCGCUGAUGAGAACUCUACGCUGCACAGUUGUGCCACACCGUCGCCCUGCUCAGAAGAUCAAUUUACUUGUGCGAAUGGGCGCUGCAUCAACAAAGGUUGGCUGUGUGAUCAUGACAAUGAUUGUGGUGAUGGUACUGACGAGGGUAAAGAGUGCAACUCUAAAUACAAAACUUGCUCGUCUUUGGAGUUUAGCUGUCAGAACUUUAAGUGUAUUCGCAAGCAGUACAGAUGCGAUGGGGAGGAUGAUUGUGGUGAUCAUUCAGAUGAAGUUGGAUGCAAAAAAGAUAAUAGCACCUGCAAAACUCCAGGAGAAUUCACAUGUAACAAUGGGCAAUGUAUUGACUAUCAACUUGUGUGUAACAAAGUUCCAGAUUGCGCCGAUGAAUCUGACGAACCUGCCCAUUGUAAUGUUGACGAAUGUGCCAAAGUGGAGAUCCACCAAUGUGGCCACAAGUGCGUGGAUACACCCACUGGUUUCUACUGUGAAUGCAACCAAGGAUAUAAACUGCUCAACGACAAUAAAGCCUGUAUCGAUAUAGACGAAUGUAUAGAAACUCCUGGUGUGUGUUCUCAAUACUGUUCCAAUACUCCAGGCGGCUACUACUGUAAAUGCAACGACCAAUACUACGACCGUCAACUGGAUGAGCAUACUUGCAAACGAAAAGACAAAACCGAACCCUGGUUGAUCUUUACCAACAAAUACUACAUUCGCAAUAUGUCUGUUGACGCGUCUGUUUACAACCUCAUGCACCAAGAUUUACUUAACGUUGUCGCCAUUGAUUACGAUUAUCAAGAUCAGAAACUUUACUUUGCCGAUGUGACGGCUAAAACAAUAUUUAGGUCGAAUAUAGGUGGAACUGGAGAGAAGGAACCAGUCAUUCGUCAUGACUCCCAUGGUUUAGAAGGAAUAGCUGUUGAUUGGAUUGGACGAAAAUUAUACUGGUUGGAUAGACAUUCGAAGAAUCUGGAUGUAGCGGAACUGGAUGGCACGAAACGCAAAACCUUAAAAACUGGUAUACCUGAUCCGAGAGCACUAGUUGUGCAUCCUGGCACAGGAUAUUUGUACUUUGCGUCGUGGCAUCUCCAAGCUUAUAUUGGAAAGAUUGGUAUGGAUGGAUCAAAUUUUACGAGAAUCUUAACGUGGGAGGAUGAUAUUGCUUGGCCAAACGCAUUGACGAUCGAUUAUUUCACUGAUAGAGUAUACUGGGCUGAUGCUCAUUUAGAUUAUAUUGCAUUUGCUGAUUUAGAAGGCCGUCACAGACAUAUCGUACUCUCCGGAGACAGUGUGCCUCAUGUAUUUGCGCUGUCAUUAUUUGAUGAUUAUGUAUAUUGGACUGAUUGGAAUUUGAAGGCAAUUAGCCGCGCGAAUAAGUUCACAGGCAAGGAUUUGACCGUUAUCAGGAACACAACGCAUAGACCGUAUGACAUUCACAUUUACCACAGUUUACGGCAGUUGCCAUAUACUAAUCCAUGCGGUACCAACAAUGGCGGAUGUUCGCAUUUAUGCUUAAUUUCACCACCGCUAGCAUCCAGUUAUCUUAACAUUGACGGAUAUGGUGACGAAGGAGCCACUGGAUAUAAAUGCGUAUGCCCCAAUCAGUUCUACUUAGCUAACGACCAAAAGACCUGCAUCGCCAACUGCACCCAAGGUCAAUGGACCUGUGGUGGCCACGACGAGAAGUGCAUUCCGUGGUUCUGGCAGUGUGAUGGUGAAAAAGACUGCAAAGAUGGAUCGGACGAACCUGCAACCUGCCCACCUCGACAAUGUCGCGCAGGAACAUUCCAAUGUAAAAACGGUAAUUGUACUCCCUCGGCAACGAUCUGCGAUGGUACCGACGAUUGCGGUGAUGGCUCUGAUGAACAAAAUUGUAACAUGCCCUGCCCCGAGCUUGAAUUUAAAUGUCGGUCGAACGGCAGGUGUAUAUUGGACUCAUGGAAAUGCGAUGGUGAUGCGGAUUGCAAAGAUGGCAGCGAUGAAGACCCAAGCAUAUGUCAUAAAAGAGCCUGUGAUCCCGAUACCGAAUUCUCUUGCAAAAAUGGACGCUGCAUUCCAAAGUUGUGGAUGUGUGACUUUGACAAUGAUUGUGGGGACGAUUCCGAUGAACCUGCUUACAUCUGCCGACAAAAGAACUGUACAACAGGAUGGCAACGUUGCCCAGGCAGGUCUAACUACAGGUGUAUUCCAAAGUGGUUGUUCUGUGACGGUAAAGACGAUUGUAGGGAUGGUUCUGAUGAAUUACCACAAUACUGUCCCAGUUGCAACUCAGACACGGACUUCAAAUGCGCGAAUAAUCGUUGUGUGCCAAAACAAUGGACUUGCGAUUUUGCUGAUGAUUGUGGUGACGGCUCUGAUGAAACAGAAGCUUUAUGUAAAGGAAGUUACCGCGAAUGUUCUGAAUCUGAGUUUAGAUGUAAAAAUGGAAAGUGUAUAUCAAACCGCUGGCGCUGCGAUCAUGAAGAUGAUUGUGGCGAUAACACCGAUGAAAUGGGCUGCAGUGGUUACCAAUGCAAGAACAGGACCUUCCAGUGUUCAUCAGGACAUUGCAUUGCCUCUUACUUCCGGUGUGAUGGUGACCGCGAUUGCCGCGAUAUGUCUGAUGAAAUGAAUUGUCCUCCAAGAUACCCAGGCGGUCGUUAUUGUCCGGAAUCACGGUUCCAGUGUGAUAACCAUCUUUGCAUCAGUCAAGCAGAUCUUUGUGAUGGUGCUGAUGAUUGCGGUGACGGAUCCGAUGAAGCGCACUCAUUGUGUACGGAUUUUAAUUGCGAUACUCUACGGCGAUUCCAAUGUGCUAACCACCGAUGCGUACCCAGGUACCAACUUUGUGAUGGUGUUGAUAAUUGUGGUGAUGGCUCAGAUGAAAACAACAUGACUUUAUGCGCCACUAAACACAAACCGUGCAACGGCCAAGUAGAAUACCAAUGUGCUAAUAAGAAAUGUAUCGAUAGAGCGCAGGUAUGUGAUUUUGCGGAUGAUUGUGGAGACGGUUCAGACGAACUUGGUUGCCAUCAUAACAGUGUUUGCUUAGAUAGCAACCGAGGUGGUUGCGAUCAUCAAUGCAUGAACCUUACUGACGGCGGAUAUAUCUGUGUGUGCCGCUCAGGUUACAUAAUCUCAAAAGAAAAUAGAAAGAAAUGCCAAGAUGUGGACGAAUGCGCUACAGGAACACACCACUGCUCACAAACGUGCAGUAAUUUGAACGGCACCUAUGGUUGUUCGUGCAAGGCCGGAUUCCAGUUAAGUGAUGGUCUUUCCGGUGUUUGUAAGGCCGAGGAAAGUGAAGUGACUCUGUUGUUUGCUAAUGGCCCUGAGAUCCGUGCUUAUACUCUCCGUGACCAAGACGAAAUUGAUGUCAUCAGUGAGGAGAAACGCAUUGAAGCUUUAGAUUACAACCCCGAUUCAAGCAUAAUCUUCUGGGCGGAUAGCUAUGAUAAAACCAUCAAGAGGUCGUACAUGGUCAACGCAUUGAAUGGACAGGUCAAAACAGGAUUUGCGCAAGAUUUGAACAUGAAAGGAAAUAGUAAGCCUACUGCGGUCGCGAUUGAUUGGAUCGGAGAUAAUUUAUACUGGACUGAGAUAGACCGUGCUGGAUCCAAACCUAAGGGACGUGUUAUGGUUGCCAAGACAGAUGGACGUUACCGAAGAGCUGUAGUCAACGUAGGGCUUGAAAGUCCAAGCUCGCUGGUCGUUGAUCCACAAUUAGGAAGAAUGUUCUGGUCGGAUUCUGGCUCCGCACCUAAAAUUGAAGUGUCCUGGAUGGAUGGCUCAAAACGAAGACCUUUGAUUACGGAGAAUAUCCGACACCCGACCGGAUUGUCUAUCGAUUACUCUAUGGACCAUACGUUAUACUGGGUUGACACAAAAUUGAAUACUAUUGAAACAAUGAAAUACGACGGAUCUAACCGAAAGACCAUCUUGAAGGGAGAAGUAUUAAAACAUCCUAUAUCGUUGGAUGUGUUUGAGUCCAGUCUAUAUUGGGUCACAAGAGACACUGGCGAAUUAUUACGUCAAGAUAAAUUUGGUCGUGGUGUACCUGUUAUCAUUCAAAGAGACCUGGUGAAUCCAUCCGGUGUGAAAGUCUAUCACAAUUUAAGAUAUAACAAAACAAUUUCAAAUCCAUGCAUGGAUAACAAAUGUUCACAUCUUUGUUUGUUGGUACCGAGUGGUCAUAGAUGUUCUUGCCCAGAUACGCCACAAGUGCCAGCGCAUCGCGGAAAAGCUGAGAUAUUAUGUGACGCGGCGGCCGAACGCCCAAGACCAUUACCCAGAAUCUGUGAGUGUCAAAAUGGCGGUGUAUGCAGGGAAACCGACACCAAUAAAUUGAUGUGCGAAUGCCAAGAGGACUUCAGUGGUACUAAUUGCGAUGUGCAUACAGCACAUAGCAGAUUCAGCGGCGGAGGUAACACAGCCGCCAUCAUCAUUCCAAUAGUGGUUAUCUUGUUAGUUGUUGGUGCUGCUACUGGCGUUUGGUUCUUUAUCAGAAAGAGACCAUUUGGAAAGGGAAGUUUAGGUAGUUUGUCCAGCAGUCAGACCGUGUCAUUCCGACAGGGUACCAAUGUGGAAUUUGGACCUAAUACCUUUGGAGGUAGUAAUGGAAGUUCGGUAGAGCCGAUGGAUGUUGCAUAUACGCUAGAUCCAGUCGGCAAUAAAAACAGGGACUUCCACAAUCCCAUGUAUGACGCGGUUCAAGGUGGUAACCCAGAUUCCACUGGUAAUGGUAGUUCAGCUUUAUAUGAAGUACCAGUAGAUGUGACAAAAUCAAAAUCCGAUACGUUUACGGAACCACCAAGCGCCAUCUUGGCGCCGUCGAGCGUCAUCCACCGCUCUUCGCCGCAAAUUAACAUCCGGCAUCGCGAGCUGGAUCCGGCACAUGACACCGGCAAAGAUACGCAGAAACUUGUCGAGGAGGACUGCUGAUAUCGGCUCAAGUACGACCUACCGACGCUGAGCUAUUUAUACAAGUUUCUACUCACGCAUUAUGCGAAAAAGUGAACAAAAAAAAAACAAGAAAAACGAUGCUCGUUCAUCUUUUUUAUAUAAUUAACUAAAAUCUAAAUCUAAAUUUUGUUGUGACCACUCUAUUGAAGAAUGAUUAAGUAAUUAAGUAAGUAAGCGAAUUCCUAAUUAUGUUUAAAUUUUACGAUUACGUAUCUGGAGGAUAUCAUAUAGACAAUUUAUAUUUUUAUGCAAAGAUAUUUGAGUUUGAUACCAAAACAAAGACGCGAUUAUAUCAAGAGAGAAAACUGCGUCUCUUUAAAACUCGCAGCGAUUAUGAUAAAUGCAAUACUUUGAUGCUAACGAUGACGUUGAUGAAGGGUGCGGAUUGAGUAGAAGAUGAGAAAUUAUUUUUAUAACGAGUUAUUGGUGUGCUUGUGAACAUUUACUAAAAAAUUGCCAGAGUGUGCAACUUAAUAUCAGACACCCGGAACAGAUAUAUCAGCUUUUCUUUAACUUACAAUGGAAAAUAAUAACCAAAGUGCCAUUUCAAAGAAAGCAUGAAGCACGCAGUGAGAAAGCGCGACACGAACGAGAGAAUCCAACAGCAAUUCUUCCAUAAUGUAAGAUUAUGUAAAUAUAGCGUUAUAAAUUUAGUGUGUAAUAUAUUAAUGAAUACAAUAAUAGCAGGGAUGAGCGAACAAAGCUAACAACACAAAAACAUUCGGGACAAAAACUCUACUUGUUUGGAGAGACUGCAUUACAUUCCAAUAAACCUAAAACAGUUUUUUAAUUCUAAUGAUAUAAAUACUUUUUAAAUUUUACGCGACUCGUUGGUUGAAAAAAAGUGGAAUAAUUUGUUUAUUUUGUUUUAUAUAAUAUUAGUUGUAUCUAUGCAUAUAUAUUUAAUAAUUGUUAAAUAGUUGGCUCUAUAUUUUAUCAAUGUCAUAUCUUCAAAUCGAUGUCAAUGUCGCAGAGGGAGGACCGUCCAUGUAAAACGAAAGGGAAAAAACAACUACAGCGCGUCUUUUUUGCAUAAAAUGGCCGCCAAACAGCAAACAUGUAAAUAAAUCUGUUAUUAUGAGCGAUGUGUUACAUGUCACGUACAAUCAUGUGAAACGAUCGAGUUUAGUAAAUUAAUUGUACUUAUUGUGUGUAUCCGGCCUCAUAAUAAUUGAUUGCUGCGCGCGCAACAACACAUAAUUAUAAAUUUCGGGGGAUCAAAGAUGUAUGUUUCUUUUCCAGUAAAAUAUAGUGGUUGUUUUAUAUGGCGAUUUAUAAA